GGGGGUCUGAAUCGAGCAUUCAGAUCUCUCUUCCUGACUUCUCUCAUCCUCCGCUUGACAUACUUAUCCAAACAUAUUUAUCUCGCAAACAAACACUGUCCCAUCUUGUGCCAUCACUAGUUCAUUGACUGCCCUCUUCUCACACCCUUCUAUCCAACCAUUAUCUUUAGCUUCCCGUCACGUCCACACGCUCGUCCUCGUUGUCCUACAUUACUAGUGUCUCAUCAUCAUCAUGUCUACCACUCACGCUUACUACCACCCCACCACCCUCCCAAUCAACAUGCCGAAGAAGGCAGGCUACUACCCAACUACCCACCACCCUGCCUAUAGCCGUGUGUCCGUCUCGCCGCCCGAGGCUCCGGAGAGCGCCACCACCUCGGGAGUCACCUCCUACGAGCCGUCGGCGACGUCGAGCAGCUACGCUGGCAGCGCGAGCGAGUACGAGUCCACCGGCGCUGCUUCUGGCGUCGACUUGAUCGAGUAUAUGGGCGAUCGCCUCCACGGCGCUUUCGACCAAAUGCCUCUUGAUCGCAGCCUCGCCAAACAGGCGCAAACAUCUGGCGAGCUCAACGCCAAACACCGCGAACUCCUCGAAUUGCAGGCACUUGCCCAGCGCCGCCUCGCUGGCGCGCGCGCCAACUUCGCAGAUGGCAUGCGAACAGCGAAGGAAGUCCAAAAGGAUCUCCAGUGGACACAAAAACGCGUGACCUCCCUCAACGAGCGCGCCGCCCGCAAAUACCCCAACGAGUACAAAGUCGCCUCCCAACGAUACCCAGCUCCGGUCGACUACUAAAAAGGCGCUUCUUACCAACCCUUUCUUCAAGUUUUUGAAAACGUCUCACGAUUUCUUGGCAUUCGCAACACCAA